AUGAUGGAGCAUGAGUGGCCUCAGAAUUGGCCGGAGUUGAAUGGUCAGCUGCGAGAGUUGUCAAGACAAGGAUCUUUGCACUGUGCCAUUGUUUUCGCCAUUCUCCGACGGGUAGUUGAGAAUGUUGCUACACUAGCAUCCGUUGCUAAUGCAAGGCGACGCAAAGACAUGCACAGCGCAAUCUGCGACACCGCUAGUGAGUUUGUUACUGACGCGCUAAGUGUGCUCAGUGUAUGUCCAGUAGACUCUCUGGGAACUCUAGCAGCCAAGAAUAUUUUUGGUUGGUUGACGGAACUAUGCAGCUGCAUGACGUCCGUUUCCCUUGAGCAGCACCUGAUUCAGAUAGUGGAUACAGUAAUUCGAUAUCUGAGCACUGCUGAAAGGAACAUCUACGAACAAGCUGCGCAAUGCUUGGCUGCAAUUGCAACCCGUAAAAAGUAG